AUGUUCAUCGAUGAUACUGCGCAAGAAGAUGAUGAAGAAGAAGAGGAAAUGGGAGAAGAAGACUUUGAGCACGAAGCUGCUGCAUAUCGUAAACCAACCGCUGUUUCGGAGCUUCCUCAGCCAACCGCACCAAGACGAAAAGACGUUAUUGCUAAUCUUGAAAGAAAAUAUAUCGGAGGAGGUGAUGAGUACGAAGAUGAAGAAGAUGAAGUAUACAACACCGCAGUAAGAGCCACCCAAAAACAAUCAAACCUACCAACACCCGAAGAUCCAAAGCUAUUUUUGGUGAAGUGUAAACAAGGAAAAGAGAAGGAAGCAGUUUUCACUCUGCUACAAAAACAUUUUAACUUGAAGAAUUCUCCUGUGAAGAAGGAUCGUCUUCAAAUUACAUCAGCAUUGUAUAUAGAGGGUUACAAAGGAAAAAUUUAUAUUGAAGCUCUUAAAGAACUGCACGUAAAGCAAGCUAUUCAGGGGCUGAGUCAUCUUAUUUUUGAAAAUGGUAUCAAGUUAGUACCUUUGAAGGAGAUGCCUGAUGUUUUGAAUAUCAACCAAUUGUCAACAAAGUUAAAGGAUCUCAAAAUUGGUGACUGGGUAAGAGUAAAAAGAGGUACAUACAAAGGAGAUCUGGGUAAAGUUGUUGGCUUGGAUGAAGCCAGAGGUUUAUGUCAAGUAACUCUCGUUCCAAGAAUUGAUUACACAGGACAAAACGUAAAGCGCCCACCACAAAAGUUAUUUGAUAGAGAACUUCUUCCUCAGUCUGAACAAGACAAAGUAGAAGAUUUAAGAGAUAAUGGAGUUGUUUAUCAAGGUAACAGAUUCCAAAACGGAUAUUUAUACAAACAAAUUCACCUCAAAUCAUUGGACACAAAGAACAUUGAACCAACAAUUGAAGAAAUCCAAACUUAUUAUCAACAUGAAAAUCCAAGCAAAGCAAUUUCUCUUGCAAGAAAAACGUACUUUAAGAGAGGCGAUCACGUUAAAGUUGUUAAAGGCGAUUUGCGAGGAAUGUAUGGUGUAGUUACCAACGUAGACGAAGAUUCUCAACAUGUAACAUUUAUUCCAAAGAAUCAAGACAUUCAGACUCCUCUCGUUUUUCCAAGCAAUCAACUUCAAAAACACUUUACUGUUGGACAAUUUUGUAAAGUUAUUGGCUCAGGAAGCAAGUGGGAAGGAGAGGCUGGAUACAUUGUUAGUGUCAACGAAGACGAUGACACUGUUGUUCUUUAUAACGAGGUUAAGAGAUGUGAAAUGACAACAUUUAUCAACGAAAUUCAAGAGACAACAACUGUUGCUACCGAGGGCAAAGUUGGUAACUAUUCAUUGUUUGACAUGGUUCGUCUUGAUACUCAAACAAUGGGUGUCAUUGUGAAAUUUGAUUCCAAUAAGAAUGCUGCAGACACCUUGGUACAUAUUGUUGACAACAAUGAUGCGGUUCGAUCUUUGAAAUUACAAGAAUUGGGAAGAAAACAAAAUACCAAAGCGGGUUACAAAGCUCCUGAUAAGAACAAACACUUAGUUGGUAUUAGCGAUACCAUUAGAGUUGUUGAUCCAACGUCUGUACAUUUUGGAAGAGAAGGAGUUGUUAAACAAGUGUUUCGAAAGUUCCUAUUCUGUUGCUCGAUUGACCUGAUUCAAAAUGCAGGUAUUUUUGCUGUGCCAUCCUACCACUGUGAAUUGAGAGGAGCAAGAAAUAGACAAAUUCUUAACUCUCAAACUUCUGGUGCUGCAGGUAACACUACAAAUAAGAGAGGAUUUGUCUUUUCCAAGAGAAGAAGAAGUCAUCCAUGGACCAACAAGACAGCCAUUAUCACAAAGGGACCAUACAAGGGAUAUUUAGGUAUUGUCAAAGAUGCAACAGACACAACCGCUCGUAUUGAAUUACACUCACAAAACAAGAUUAUCAAUGUGGACAUUUCCUAUGUUGAUAUCAAAGUGGAUGGCGCUAAACCAAAGGAACGCUUUUCAAGUGUGGCAACUCCUUAUCACAGUUCAGGGGCAACCACACCUUUCCACUCAACCAGUGCUGGUAUACCAUCCACGCCUUGGGACAGAGACUCUUCAAAGACACCUCUUCACACCUCUAUGGGUCAUGAGACACCACUUCGUCCUGAAACACCAUCUCUUCGUCAUGGCGGUGGCGAUGCUUGGAAUCCUCGUAAACCAAAUACUCCAAUGCAUGACUGGCAAGAUAGUGCUCCAACCCCUGGUGCUUCAACUCCACAUGAAUCUUACACGACUCCAGGUGUUCACAUGAGCAAUCCAACACCUGGUGGCGCUACUGCCAUUACACCUGGUGUUGAAGGUUAUGGAUAUCAUCAUACUCCAAUUACACCAGGUCUUGGUGCCUCAACUCCUCAUGACUCAUAUACCACUCCAGGUGGUCAAGCAAUGGGUGGAGAUUACUCUGGUUAUGGAUCUGUAUUGACACCUUCUGUUUCUACACCUUAUGGAAUGAACCCAACAACACCAGGCAUGCAUCAUCCAAUGACUCCUGGAAUGAAUAUUUAUGGUGCUGCAGGAAUGAUGCAUCAUCCGAUCACUCCAGGUGUUGUGACUCCAGGAAUGAACCCUGUGACUCCAGGAAUGAAUCCAAUCACCCCUGGAAUGAUGCAUCCUAUCACUCCUGGUGCCAAUCCAAUCACUCCUGGCCAUCAUGAUUAUGAAUAA